CCGAGUGCCGAGCAGACUGCCGAGUGCCAAGCGUGAUUUGUUUAUAAACAUAGACGGGGCACCGUGACGACUAAACUUUACCUAUUUACUUACUUUUUUUAAUGUUAUGAGCGGAAGUAAACUUAGUACCUGAAUAUGUGUUCUGUGUGCAAACCAAAGAAGCUCACGAGAGUGUCGUUAUGCUUAAAAGUAGUCUGAAAUACUAUCAAAAUAACACAUUGUCCGUAGACCCGUAAAACGUGGUGAAAUGUGGCUGUUUGCGGUUGGUUUCUUCGUACAUCUGAUAUUUUUUUUCUCUGUGUUUGACAUUUACUUUCGGACACCUCUUAUUCAUGGCAUGACCCCGCAAAGUCACUCUCUUCCACCUGCCGCCCGCAGAGUGGUGUUGCUGGUGGCAGACGGGCUAAGAGCUGAUGUGUUUUUUGACAAUUCCAAUAACACCACGAGAGCUCCGUACCUAAGGUCCAUAAUUGAAAACAAUGGAACAUGGGGCGUAUCACACACCCGGGUUCCCACUGAGUCACGUCCAGGCCAUGUGGCAAUUAUUGCUGGUCUCUAUGAAGAUCCCAGUGCUAUUGCCAAGGGAUGGAAGGAAAACCCAGUUGAGUUUGACUCUGUUUUCAAUGAGAGCCGGCACACAUGGUGUUGGGGAAGUCCAGAUAUUCUCCCAAUGUUUGCUGCUGGUGCUGAAAGGGGUCACAUAGAAACUUUCAUGUAUAAAGCAGAAGAAGAAGAUUUUGCCAGUAGUGAUGCUUCCAAAUUGGACAAGUGGGUCUUUCAGAAUGUUGAAUCUUUCUUCAUGAAAGCAUCGAGGGAGAAGACGGUUCAAGAUGUAUUGCAUGAAGAUAGGAUUGUGUUUUUCCUCCACCUUCUUGGACUAGAUACAAAUGGACAUGCUCACAAGCCACAUUCUAAGGAGUACUUGAAAAACAUUGAAACUGUUGAUGCAGGGAUUCAGAAAACAGUUGAAAUUUUUGAGAAUUUCUUUGGUGACCAUCAGACAGCAUACAUUUUUACUUCAGACCAUGGCAUGACUGACUGGGGAUCUCAUGGAGCUGGUGACCCAAGUGAAACAGAGACACCCUUUAUAGCCUGGGGUGCAGGAGUGGCAAUGCCCAAGGAUCCCUCAGAGUUUAAGGAGAAGAUGAUGUAUGAUGCCAGGGUGGAGCGUUGGGGCUUAACUCAUGUAAGGCGCCAUGAUCUUCAUCAGGCAGAUGUUGCACCCCUUAUGGCAUCUAUCCUGGGCAUACCUAUUCCAGUCAAUAAUGUGGGCAAGCUGCACAUUGAAUAUCUAGCUACUUCAGAUGAGUAUAAAUCUGAGGCACUGUUUGCUAAUGCCCGUCAAAUGUUGGCACAGUAUCAGCAAAAGCGGACACAGAAGGAGGAAGAGACAUUGCCUAUAUUUUACUGGCCAUACACCAUUCUAACACCUGACAAGGAACUGGAAUUUCUUGCUGCAAUUCGGAAUUAUUUACAAACUGCUCAAUUUGAUGCUGCUAAUAGUGAGAGCCAGCGCCUAAUAUCUGUGACACAACAAGGAAUGGACUACUAUCACAAUUAUGACCGCCUUGUCCUCUCCGUACAUAUAGCUCUUGGAUUUCUGGGCUGGAUUUUCCUCAUUGUGUGCCAUCUGUUGAAAGAUCACAGUGCUGUGCUGAGGAUGGCAGGAGGUACCAUUGAGGGACGCAGAGUGUGGAGGUCUUCCUUUCUAAUGGCGCUAGUGCUAGUGGUUUGGGGCAUCACAAACUUGACAAGACUACUUGGUCAGCAUCACCCUUGGCAACACUACUUGUACCUGAUGACACCUGUCGGAUUAUGGGCAUUAGUGCAUCAGAGCUGUGCCCCGCUACGGGUGGCGUGGCUGCUUUUGUGCUCCUUCAACAUGGUGUGGGAGGUGGCUAUAAGAAUUCUCUUCAUAUUUGUUGGCAUUGAGAUUCUGGUCAUGGCAUUCUUUUUGCGGCCAAUGCUUUCUGUUGGACUACUAUGUGUGGGGCUAUGGCCAGUUAUCAUGUACACAAUGCAAGGCACUGUUGAACGAUCUAUGAGGCUGGUGUGGAUUGGAUCCUGUGUCUUGCUUGCUUCUUUCACCUACAUGCCAGUUGUGGGUAGAGAAGCAUACUACCCUAUGGUAGAGAUAGCUGGCUUAGUGGCAUUUAUGCUGGGAUGUAUUGGCAUCUAUUGGUGUGGUGGAGAGGGUGGAGGCCACAGACAUAUCCCAGGGGUGAUGUACUUACAAGGUCUGAUGGUGGUAUGCACAGUGUACCUGGUACAUUCCACUGCCUUCAGCCUUAGCCGAAAGGAGGGUCUCCCAUUUAUAAACCAGUUGGCAGCAUGGACUCUCUUAGUGUUGUCACUCCUGCUCCCGCUACUUGGCUCACAUAACAUGAUGGGACGGCUCCUGUCUGUUAGUACCUCGCUCUUCUGUCCCUUCUUACUGCUCUCCAUACGGCAUGAAGGCUUCUUCUAUAUUGCCCUUACCAUUGCCAUGUAUCUGUGGCUCAUCCUAGAAUUUUAUCUUGCUGAAAAUAAUGUGCAGAUUGCAAUGUUGAAAUUUGCCACCUGGUGCAAUGAAGCUCUCAUAGGAAAGGAGAGAGUCCUGGAGUGGUCUGAUGUUCGUCGUGCAUACUUCUUUCUAUUCUUCAUAGUCCUGGCUUUCUUUGGGACAGGAAACAUAGCCAGCAUCAACAGUUUUGAUCCCGCCUUUGUGUACUGCUUUGUCACAGUUUUCUCACCUUUUCUUAUGGGAAGUCUUCUGCUGUGCAAAAUCAUCAUCCCAUUCUUGCUGGUGACAUGCUUCUUCCAUGCCAUCUGCUCACUUAUAAAGGUACCAACACGAGCCUUAUUCUACGUGUUCCUGGUGAUGUCUGACUUUAUGGCCGUCCACUUCUUCUUCCUCAUCAAGACAGAAGGAUCAUGGUUAGAUAUUGGAACUUCACUCAGCCAUUAUAUAAUUUCAAUGGCAACAACUCUUUUCCUUAUUCUUCUCCUUUUUAUUGCUAAAUUCCUAACAACUUUUCACAUUGGAAAAGCAUCAACAGAAGGAGAAUGUGUUCUACCAAGAGUGUCUGUAGGAAGACCUCAUAGAGACUAGUCUUAGUUUAAGAAACACCAUUUUACAUUUGUUUGUAGUGUGAAAUUAUGAAAAAUUUAGGUACAGUGGUGACUGCAGAAUCUGAGUGCUCAUUGUUCAAACACAUUCAAAUCAAAACCAUUUUUUCUAGAAAAUUUUACUUUAACAUUAGAAGCUGAACACUAAUGUGGCAUUCAAAUUUGUACACAUGUCUUUUCUGCCUGUUCAUCCUGUAUCUUCACACAACGUUCCUCCAGCUUAUCUCUAGUUUACCUGUUUUUCUCUCAAUUUUUUCUCCUAAUCACUUGUGUAGCCACCACAAAUAGCUGAAGAUAAAACACAUUCACUCUUUCUGUGGUAGCACUACACUGGUGCAUCACAAAAGGUGUGAGGACAAUACACACACAAUUUCAGAUGUUGUGUUUCAUAUCAUUAUUACUUAAUAUUCUAGGUCAUUAACUCAUCAUUCAUUCGUGUAUUUGCAGUUACAAGUGUCUUGAAAAUGUUUUUUUGGGGAGGGGUUAAAAAUGGAGAGUGAAUUACACUUUCCAUUAUUUCUCAAUGAGGAAAAUAGUUUCAGAAUCUGGACAUCUGGUAAUUUGAGCAGCAUCUUGGCAAUAAUUAAAUUCAAAUUCCGAGGCACCACUGUACUUUGUCGGUUCUUUGAAUGAUCUCACUAUUAGUGUUAAAAAAAAUUGAAUUUUCCAAUAGGUUGUCCACAUUUAUCCAUUUGCAUGAUCUUACUCACAAUUUCAUUCAUUAACAAAAUGCUUUUAAAUAAAACUAUCAGUAACCCACAGAAAAGUGGAUAUUUAAACUGCUGUUAAAGCACAUUUUGAAUACUAUCUAUAUUAUUGCAACUCUGUGGAAAACACUGUUAAAAUUAAGCCUAUUGCUACAUAGUAGAGAAUUUAGUUGGAGACAUGUGCUAAAGAUAACCUGAUCCCCUCACAAAUAAGCACAAUUAACCAAGCAUGAAAACUGAUAGGAAGCAAUGAUUAAUGACAUUAUUAUCUUUGAAGUCCUAUAACAUGUAGGAUAUUAAGCAGGUUAAGAUACAUACGUACUUCAAAAUACAAUAGUUGAGGUAAUUGUAAAUAAAAAUAUAUUCAAUACACUUGUGUGUUUGUUUUAAUUUUGUGAGAAAUUAAUGCAAAAGUUUAUGUUACAAGAGCCACUCAAUUGGGUGGGCUUCCGCCUCUCCUUUCCUUUUCAGUUCAUAACAUACUUAAAUGGCGCUGAAUGUAUCUGAGCAGCUUAAGACAUUAUUGUCCAGAUAACACUAUGAAGCCCCACCAUCAAUAGAAGAAUACAGAUACAGAAACAGUCAAAAUUCACAAAACAACACAGUUGGACACCUUUUGUAAAAAAAAAAAAUAAUAAAAAAAAUAAAUUAAUAAAAUUUAGCAUAUUUAGUUGGUGAGUUGCCAAGCAUGUUCAAAAGUAGCAGAUACAACCCUUGUAUUGCUGUGUAAACUGUAUGUAUUUUUUAUCCACUGAUACUCGAGAAAAAAAAAAAAAAAAAAUUGUCACAUGCUAACUUUUCCUAUAAGGAUCUAAUUGCAUUGUACACCAAAAAAUUGCCACUUAAUGAAGCUGGAGGCCACUUGAGUAUGUAAGAACUCAAAAGGAAAGGAAGGAGGCAGAGACUUGCCCAGGCAAGCAGCUCAUGCAGCACACAAUUUAUAUGUUAAUUUCUUGCAAAAUAAAUUACUUUAAAUUACCUGAACUAUUAUAUUCCAAAAUAUGUACCUUAACUCAUGAGAUAUUUUCUAUAAUAGCACAAUGCAAUAUCCAACCUAAACCAGUGAAAUAUCCAAUUAAAUUUCUGAUUCAGGAUUCCUUCAUUUAUAAAUGAGUUAGAGGAGAAUAUAUUUCCUUCCUCCAGAAUGGUAAUCAAUACAUGGAUACACUUGAAAA